AUGCCUUUUGCAACCAUCAACGGUCACUCGCUCCAUUACACAGAUAUAGCUCCAGCAUCCUCCUCGUCGUCCCAGUCCCCGGCAUCACCACCCACUCUGAUCUUCGUGCACGGACUCGGCUCAACCCAGAACUACUACUUUCCUAUCUUCUCCUUCCUCACGUCCUACCGAUGCAUCAUCUUCGAUAACUACGGCGCCGGGCGCUCAGCUUUGCAGCCUGGCACAGAAACCUCGAUUCCGUCCAUUGCCAGCGACGUCCUAGGUCUCCUCAGUCACCUCGGCGUCGAAAGGGCCAUCGUAGUGGGCUAUUCCAUGGGCGGCAUGCUACCAACAUAUCUGGCAUCCGCAUCCCCCGACCGCGUCGUGGCAGGAAUAUGCAUCGGCCCCGUCCAUCCGAGCGAAACCGUGGCUGACGUCUUCAAACAACGCAUCCCCCUGGUCCAGCACAAAGGGAUGGAAUCCAUGGCCAACACCAUCCCCAAUGGCGCCACGGGACCCGGAACAACGGCCUUACAAAAGGCUUUUAUACGGGAAAUGCUCCUCGCGCAGUCUCCCGAGGGAUAUUGCGCCAAUUGUCACGCCAUCGAACUCGCCACUCCGCCAGAGUAUGCCAAGGUAAAAUGUCCAAUGUUGAUCAUCGCGGGGGAUCAGGAUAAGUCCGCCCCGCUGGCUGGGUGUGAGAUGAUUUUUAAAGAGCUGGGGACGGCUCCGGAGAGGAAGAAAUUGGAGGUGCUCAAGGGGGUUGGGCAUUGGCAUUGCGUUGAGGCACCGGACGAGGUUGGCCGGUUCGUGAGACAGUUCGUGGAGCAAUUAUAG